AGUGGGUAUCCUCCCGCCCAAAGGCGUCCGUAAGCAGUUUGAAGUGAAAAAUGGAGCAGGUGGUGGGCAGCCCCAAAGGGUGGAUCGAUGGGGACGAGAGCGCCAAAGAGAUGCUCGCUAGAGUCCUAACAGCGCGCCCCUUCUUGCUUCUUCCGCCGCUUCAUAGGGUUCCUCUACGCGUCGGUAACGUGGUUGAGCUUGUCGGGCCCUCUCCUUCUUCCAAAACCCACGUCCUGAUUCAGGCUGCAGUGAGCUGUGUUCUUCCUAAAGAGUGGAAUGGGGUGCACUAUGGAGGCUCGGACCACUUGGUUGUGUUCCUUGACUUGGACUGUCGAUUUGAUAUUUUGCGCUUUUCAGAAAUGCUAAAGCAUCGAAUAAUUGGGGAAUCUAUUGGAUCAAUGAAAAUAGAUUCGGAGAAGAUGGAUUUUGACUUAUGGAACAAUGAUAAAAAAAGGAGACCAGCUUAUGAUGAGGAAUUAUAUGUUUUGUGUAUGAGACGAUUCUUGUAUGCCCGAUGUUAUGAUAGUUUUGAAUUUCUUGCCACUCUCAAGACAUUGCACUAUCGGAUUCAGAAGGAAGAAGAAGCACAUGGUACUAGUGUUCAUAUGCUCAUGAUCGACAGCAUUGGAGCUUUUCAUUGGAUAGAUCGUGCCUCAACAUUCAUGCCAGUAGGGGGUAAUAAUAGGAAAAGCCAUUCUCUGCAGACUGUGUCAGAAACUGUAGUUCAGGAGAUUAGAAAGCUUCUAGUGCUGCAUCCCAUGCUUGUCAUAGCUACAAAAGCAACCAUUUUGGGGGAUAUAUAUGCUAUGAAUGAUGCCAAAUGGAAUUUAAGAAAACCUGAUACCUCAAAUUGUAGAAGCGGGAGGAUUACUUCUCAGCAACUUCCAUACCGUGAGUAUAUGCCUUCUAUCUGGCAGACUUUUGUUACACACAGGAUACUUCUACGAGCAUCAGAUGAUCAUCUCCCUGUAAGCAAUGAUCAAAAUCACUCGCUCUACUUUUCAGAAUGGCUGCUGCCAUCACUGAGUUUCAUAGACAAAUUUAUAGUGAAAGAGGUAUUUUGUUUUGGAACCUGCAGGCUGGCAUCUUCAUUGUUUCAUGAAGUGCGUAGAGACUUGUGGUGCAGUCUUGCUUCUCAUUUCUUGAUCUUUCCCAUUAUGCCAGUCUCAUACUAUUCAGUUAAAAUUACCAUGACAAAGGGUCAACAAAAUUUCAAGAUAUUGGCAAUAUCUCGAGGAUGUAGCGAUGGCUUCCUUCAGGCCUUCAACAAGUCAGCUUUACUUGAGCAUGAGACUGAAAUUGAGUGAUUGUCACUGUUUCAGGCCUCCUAGCGCACAGAGGUUUAAUUUCAGUGCGUUGGAAGCCUGAGCAGCUCACUCUAUUAUCCACUAAAUGUGAUCUAAAUUCUCUCUCUCUCUCGCUCUCUCUCUGGCACUUGAGCUGGAUUUUUUUUUUUUUCUUUUUAACAAUGAAGG